AUGCAAAAACCAUUCAACUUCAAACUGCUGGUGCCCCCAAGAGCUCAUUUGAGUCAAGUUUCUGCAGUGAAGCCUCAGGAAACAGGCUUGUUUGAAGAAAACUCUGUUUUUUCUCCUUCAAACCAGAGUUAUAACAAGUGUUCAGAUAUGGAGACCAGCCUGCCAUUUCCAUCCAAAAUGGUGCUUCCUACGAAGACAUCAAGAACUGAGGGCACGAAGAAGGCUGCAGUCAUGCCAAUGGAAAAGGAGGAGACAUCAGUAAGAUCCAGCCAGCUGUACUCCAGAUUGCUUGAUGAAGCUGAGAAAAUCAAACUCUGGAAGUUCAAAAUAGAUUCUGAGAUUUCACAAAAAGACAGGAAGCUCCAGGAGAACAGAAAAACCAUUGAGACGCAGCGAAAAGCUAUUCAAGAGCUUCAGUUUGCAAAUGAAGGUCUGAGCAUGAAAUUAGAGGAUCAACUGAAUGAGAAUGAAGAUCUUAGAAAUACAAGCAAUGCAACCAGAAAUUUGUGUAACAUUCUAAAGGACACAUUUGAGAGAUCUGCUGAGAAAAUGAAUCUGUUUGAGGCUGAACGGGAAGAAACUCAUGAUCUGUUCUUACAGAACAAUGAGAAUAUUCAGAGGAUGGUGGCAGCAUUUGAAGCUCUUCGGAAGCAAGCAGAAGCUGAUCAGCAGGAUAUGUUGAAAUUAAGAGAAUGCCUUGCACAGUUUGAGGAUCUUAAAGUGAAGUUGGAGAGUGAAUGCCAUGUGAAGGAGAAGGAGGUUGCUAUGCUUCAAGAAGAACUCCAAGAAAAAGAAAACAAUCUCAAAGAUGUUUCACUAAAACUCAAAGAGGCACAGCAAAGCUCCAGUGUGAUAGAGGAGUCAGCAAGGAAACAUCAGAAAUUACUUCAAAGCGUUACACAGGACCGGGAGGCACUUGAGGAGAAACUCAGGUUGACAGAGCAACUCAAAUGGGAGAUGGAGGAAAAACAGAGAGCCCUAAAUUACAAACUGGAACAAAGCAAGGAGAACCAUGAGAAAGUUCUUCAAAAGAAAGACGAUGAACUACAGGAACUAAACAACAUCAAAGAGCAACAGUCAAACCAGCUUUCAGAGAUGGAGCUGACAGUGAAUUCUUUGCAGUCUUCACUAACUUCUGAGAUAAAGAGGGCACAAGACCUUGAGACAAAGAUAAGCUCCUUGGUGAAUGAACUCAGUGACAACAACACAGAGUUGGAAGUUAUCAAAGGGCAGAAAGAGGACCAUAGCAAGCAAAUACAGAUACUCAAAGAUGAGCUGGAUGAGAAGUCAAACUCACUCUCGUCUAUAAAGGAGGAAUUAAAGACAAGGGAGGUUCAGGUAUUCCAGCUUAUUGCCUCACUUGAAGAGCAACAAAGUGAGGCAAAUGAUUUGAAGGAUGAAAUGGAGAGUGUCAGCACAGAAAAUAAAAACAUGAAGGAAGCCCUGACAAAAGCUAGACUUGACAAUGAAGAGCUGCAAGAAGUUGUAGUUUUAAAAGAGGCUAAAUUAAAAGAGGUGGAGGAACAAUUGUCAGGUGCUUUGGAGAGCAGUUGUAAAUCAUCAAAAGAGGUAGAAAGAUUGGAGAGGGACAUAAUGCAGCAGAAGGAGAAAUAUGAGGAGCUGAUAUUGAAGUUUAAUGACCUGCAGAUACAGAAGGACACCAUUCAACAACAGGCUGAUAGUGGUGCUUUAGAGAAGAAAGUCCUUCAGUCUCAUCUCAUGAAAAGCGAUGCAAAUGCAGAAAGAGAGAAGACAGAAAUAGAGAGACUUGAGAGAGAGAAACAACAGCUUCAGGAGCAGGUGGAUAUUUUAUCUGCAAAAAUUGCUGGGCAGGAUGAAGAGAGUAAGAAUGUUCAGCAGCAGUUGAAGGAGAGUGGCAAAACCGCAAAGCGGGAACUUCUGUUAAAAGACAAACAAAUCAAAGCACUGGAGUCAAAGCUAACAAACACUAAAACAAAACUAGAGACCAAAACAAAAGCUAAAGAGGAAUGUCUAAAAGAGAUUAUUAAAUUGAAGGAAGAUUCAGAAAGUAUAGAGAAGUGUCACAAGGAGGAGCUUCAGAAAAUAAGCUCUGACCUCGAAGACAAAUCAACAUCAGAGGCUCAACUCAACCUUGAGAAUUAA